AUGGGGAAGUCUAAGUUAAGCCCCAAACCAGCCCACACAAUUCCUCGUCUAGAACUAUGUGCUGCUGUUCUAGCAGUAGAGUUGUAUGAGCUCAUCAGAGAUGAAAUAGAUAUAGAUUUAGAUGCUGUGCGAUUCUUUACAGAUAGCAAAACUGUAUUCGGAUAUAUCUGCAACACCUCCAGAAGGUUUUUCCUGUAUGUUGCCAACCGAGUGAAUAGAAUUAGGCAAGUAACCCACCCUGAUCAGUGGAUUUAUGUGCCCACAGAACAAAAUCCUGCAGACUAUGCCUCAAGGCCCACACAAACUGUUCAUCUGCAGAAUUCUAUAUGGUUCUCAGGCCCUUCCUUCCUCUACCACACAGACAGAGAGGAGUUAGGCAAUUCAGCAGAAAAACACCCACUUAUAGAGCCUGAAGCUGAUCCGGAAAUUAAACCUACAGUUGCAAGCUUCAACACCAAAGCUUCUGACACUUUCCUCCAUUCACAUGUCUUUGAGAGAUUGUCUAACUGGGUGUCACUGUGUAAGACUAUUGCCAGACUUAUCCAUGUAGCUAAGAGUUUCCAGAAAGAGCCAAGCAAUGUACAAUGUAGAGAUUGGAAAUGUUUCCCAGAGAAAGUCAACUCAGAGGAGAUCUCACAGUCAAAAGCUACAAUAAUCUCUUCUGUUCAGCACGAAUAUUCUAAAAGAGAGUACUUGUCUAACUUACAAAGUCGCAGAAAGUGGACCCAAAAUCGCCCAGACAUCCAAGUGGGUGAUGUUGUGUUAGUGAAAGACAGUCAAGAAAGCAGGAAUGAAUGGCAUGUGGGACUCAUCAUCAACACUCUGCCAAGUAGAGAUGGAAGAGUAAGGAAAGUUGAAGUAAAGAUUGUCAAACAAGGGACUGCCAAAACGUAUAUGAGGCCAGUUUCAGACAUUGUCGUUCUUCUUUCUGAUAAUACUUGA